CAGUUUCCGAUGCAGUUUCCGAUGCAGUUUCCGAUGCAGCUUCCAAAUAAACUAUCGGUCAAAAACACAACUCGAGCGCAUUGCUCAAUCUUCAGAUACAAACCAUCAACAUGUCUACAGGCGGCGGCACAGGCUAUGUAUACCCCAUCCAAAUCACCGAUAUAUGUUUCCUUCAAGCUAACCAAUCCGCACCGCCAGACCCCGGAACAAGUCCACAGCCAUGACAGAUCCCUGCUGGACAAGAUCAAGGACGCUGUGAAGCCCAGCAAGCACUCGAAAUCGUCCUCCUCCUCAACGGGCGCGGCGGCGGCGAGCGAGUCGCGGCCCGUAGAGCAGGGCCACGGCCUCGGAGGCGGCAGCGCCGGUGGCGAGGCGUACACGAGCAGCAGCCGCGAGAACGUGCAGGGCCGGCCGCAGGAGGGCCUCGCCGGCGCGGCCCCGACCCACGACCAGAACACCAUGCCGGCCGGCACGGGGCUGCGCCACCAGGGCCAGGACACGAGCGGCGGCGUCACGGAUGCGCUCAAGUCCGGCAGCGGCGCUGGUGCGCACAGCACGACCGGCCAGGCCGUCCGGGAGAUGACAGACAGUGCUGGCAGCUCGGCGCCGACUACCAGCAAGAAGCUCAGCGGUGGGUUGGGAAGCGAUCCGGGCAGUGCGGCUUUCGGACGCUGAAGCAACGGAGGUUGGAAGAGUUGCGAUGUGAGAAUAUUAUGAUUUGAGGUAAGACUGGUAGAGAAAGUGCUGGAAAGCCGUGUAAAAUAUCACAACUUCUUGAGUAGCUAUUACUAGGUCCCUUUAUCUCUCG